GUUAUAGAGUUGAUAUUUCAAUUUUUGAAGUUUUGCUUUUCAGUCGACAGCGUAUCAAGUUCACGAAUUUUAAAUCUAUAGAAAACAUAUUUUGAAUACAAAUUUCGCAUUUACUUCAUUUUUUUAUGAAAUAUUUAAAAUGUGCCAAAUAGCUUAUUUAGAAAAUGGUUGUGAAAAAGUUCAAACAAUGCCAAAUGAUCCACCAUCCAAGAAGAUUUCUAUGGAUGAAGCCAUUUCUAAAACAAAUUUUGGAUGCUUCAAUUAUAUCGUAAUUGUGUUGAGUGGCAUGAUCCUAUUUUCGGUGUUAAUGGAAACAAGUGCAAUUGCUUUCAUACUUCCGGUUUCACAAUGUGAUUUAAAUUUAACGACAAGUGAAAAGGGCAUUUUGGCCGCUGCUUCUCUCUUCGGUACGAUUUGUUCGUCUCAUCUAUGGGGCUUCCUGUCGGAUACAAAAGGCAGGCGUGCUAUUAUUCAGCCAACAUUAUUUUUGGCAUUCUUUUGUUCUAUUUGCUCUUCAUUGGUGCAAAACUUCUACAUUCUUUCUACACUUCGUUUCCUCAAUGGAUUUUUUGUUUCUGGAUUUUCUGCCACCAUUUAUGCAUAUUUGGGUGAAUUUCACAAUAAUAUCCAGAGAAAUCGUGCUAUUUUGGCGGCCUCAGUAAUAUUUGGAAUUUCAUGUAUUUCGAUACCAUUGGCUGCCGGUAGUGUCAUAAAUCAAGACUGGCAGUUUUAUGUUCCAUUGCUUGACAUUACGUACAAACCAUGGCGUCUCUAUUUCGUUGUAUGCAGCUCGCCUGGUUUUAUUGCAGCUCUGAUACUAAUCUUUUUACCAGAAAGUCCAAAAUUUGUGCUUGGCCAAGGAAAAAGCACCGGCGCAUAUCAGAUUCUACGAAAAAUGCAUCGAUUGAAUAAUGGUCGAAAGGUGGAAUUUGAAGUAUUUGAAAUCGACGAAGAAAAAGAGUCGAUUGAGAAUAGAAAACAGAUGAUGGACAACAAACAAAGUCGAUAUCCGUUGUUAAAAUCAAUUUGGACUCAAACUACACCACUUUUUAAACCGCCAUAUCUACGCUCCACUCUUUUGAUGUGUGCUAUACAAUUUGGUAUUUAUUGGACAAAUAGUGGAUUUUUCAUGUUUUUUGCUGAAAUUCUAAACAAAAUGGCAGUCAAUUCGGGCAGUUCCAUUGAUCACAAGAUGAUGAUGUGCGAUAUUAUCAACAUGAAAUCGGUUAAUAACACCGCAAUUGAAAUUCGGAGCACACAAAAUCAAGUUUGUUUUUCGAAGCUAGAUCUGUCAACAGUGGAACAGGGAAUUAUUUUGGAAAUUAUAUUCGCCUUUGGUCAAGUUAUGGUGGGUCUGCUUAUCAACAGAGUUGGAAAAUUUCCACUCUUGUUCUUCAUUUUAGUUGUUAGUGGCUUAGGUGGAAUUGGAUGCAUGCUAACCGAUAUUUCAUAUCUACAGCGGUAUCUAUUCAUAGUUCAUUUUACAUGUGGAGUUGCUGGAAGUAUUAUAAAUGCAGCAAUUGUUGAAAUAUAUCCCACGUCUUUGAGAGCAAUGGCUAUUUGCAUUUCAUUGAUGAUGUUUGGACGCUUGGGCGGUGUUGUUGGUACAAAUGUAAUCGCUUCAUUAUUGGAACGAAAUUGCGAAUCGGUGUUUUAUUUAUCAGGCGUAAAUCUGAUUGUAAUAGGUGUGCUAGCUUUUUUCAUUCCAAAUAUUCAUCAAAGAGUUUCAAAGUCCAGUUGAGCACCAAAUGUUCCACUUUUACGUCUCAUUCCAUUUCCACCACCAAGCAAAAUUUUAUUCAAAAAAAAUACGAAAAUAACAGCAAAAAAACUCAUCAAUUGGCUGGAAUACAUUAAAUCUUAGUUUCGAUCUUUUUAAUUUGUUAUAAUAACUCAUCAAUCUUCAUUAAAAUUGUAAAUAUAUGUAUUUAUUUCAAAAUAAAUUUAAUGAUAAUUUGA